ACUGAAAAAACAUUGAAUAGUAAUUAGAACAUUUGGUUUUUCCACAACAUUGCCCUUGUGCUUUAUCUUUAAUUCUUUGUUUUAUCGUCGUUGACUUACAAACUCAACUUGGGAGGUUUCUAUGGUCUGCGACAAAGAGAAGGGAUAGAGCAUAAUCCAAGUUUCAGUUACGGUCCGCGACAAAGCCGAGUCUCAGAUGUGAUCUGGCGGCGUCUGUGUAUGGUGUUGAUUUAAUGGAGGAGGAGUAUCAAGUCCUGAUCCAAGAAAAUUGCAGAUACGGCUCUGGUCAUCUGGCGCAGAUUCCGCCUCCACUUGUUGUCGAGUUCUUUCUUGGAUAUAUCUAGACCCAUAGGAGAUUAUAGCUAACAGAGCAUGAGCUCCAACCACAAGAUCAGUUUCUGAUAUUUGCUUCAGACGGACUAUGGGAACAGCUGAGUAAUUACCAAGAAGAUGUUGACAUCGUUCAGAACCACCCACGAAACGUGGGAUAGAAUGUAGACUGGUGAAGAUGGCACUGCAAGCUGCAGCAAAGAAUAGAAAAAAAAUGAUAUCUACGUACUGAUCUGAAGAAGACAGAAAGAGGCGUGAGGAGGCAUUUCCACGAUGACAUGAUAGAUACAAGCAUACAUACGAGAGGAGGAGAUUUAAGAAGGUUGAAGAAAAGAUAGGAGUUGCGGAGCUGAACAAGGAAGCUUGAAGUUUAUAAAUGAAUGAAUAAAGACACGUGCGUGUUAAGUAGAGAAAAUAUAAAUACUAGCUUGGAGUUUGUUAGAUGGUUAUCUUGAGAUUACAAUUGUGAAUCUUAGCAUAUGAGCUGAGAGCUACUCAGGUGAUAGAGUAGUUGAGGAUUCAGGUGAUAGAAUCCUCCAUUGUUGUAAUUCUUGAGUUGAUUCAUCAAUAUACGAGUAUUUCCAGUAGAUACGAUCUUUGAUCUUAUCAGUUGGUGCGGUGAAACUGAUUCGAGCUCACGCGACGGUGCCGGUUGCGAUUUCGAACGAUCGCGAGGAAGACGAGACCUCGAUCGAUCAGAUCUACGGUGGAAACGACGAGUUAGAGUUGCAAUCGAGAUUUCGAGGAGUGAGUGAUGUCGAAGGCGAAGAUAGUACCGGAGAGUCCGAUGAUCGGUUCCAAAGAAGAAUUGAUCGGUUCCGAAGAAGAAUUUGAGGUCGAGGACUCUGAUCUGACGGUUGAUUUCUUGCGCGGUGGUUACUCGAGGCUCAAUCGAGCUAUGAAGGAGGUAGAGAGUAAUCAAGAGAACACGAAUCAGGAGCUCAACGCGAUGCGACAGAUCUUAGAGCGCCUCGAUCCACUACGAAGUCAACAACAACAUUCACAGCCAGGUUCUUCACGAGAUCAGGUACAUUCUCGACACUGGGAACGAAACCGGGAAGAACACUCGCUAGGUUAUCGAUCUGGGAAUACGAAUUUGGAUACUAGAGAUUCAAUGUCGAAAAAGAUUCUGAUGCCUGUGUUCUCUGGGAAGCAACCUUAUGUGUGGAUCACAGACGUGGAACGAUGGUUUAGUAUUGGGAGAUAUGAGGAUAUGGAAAAAUUGGAGUUGGUUGCGUUAAGUCUGGAAGGUUGCGUUAAGAAGUGGUUUGGUUGGGAGCUGAAGCGGAGUGGUUUUCAAAACUGGCAAGAGUUCAAGGAGAAAUUGGUUUUGCGGUUCACAGAGUCUAUUGAAGAAGAGCCAGCAAGUCGUCUCAUUGUACUCAAGCAAACGGGUUCAGUAGCUGAUUAUGUAUCUGAGUUUGAGGAGUUAUCAGAGUUGGUUCCGGGGUUGACUGAUGAGUUCUUGAUCAAGAUUUUUUACAACGGGCUUACACAAGAGAUGAAGGAGGUAAUCAGAAUGAAGGAGCUUAAAGGGUUAGAGAAUCACAUCGCAGCAGUCUUGAGGAUGGAAACAAGCGCCUUCUGUAAAGUUGUCACUGCAUGGGGAACUCGUUAUCAGAACCAAUCUCAGCCAAACGCGUUGAGGUCAUCAUCGGGCUGUAAUUCACAACGCCAUUGGGGUAAAAAUGAUAACAAACGGAUUCAUGCAACAGGAGCAACUAGUGGAGCAGGGAACCAUAAGAAGGAGAGCAACACUAAUACUACACCUUCGAGUGUGCGUCCUCGUUUGAAGCAUUCGACAGAGGAGUUGGAUAGAAUGAGGAAGGAGUUCAUAUGUUUCAAAUGCGGCGCAAAUGGAUGGACAAGAGCUCACAUAUGUCCUAAUAAGGAGAUGAGAAUCUUAACAGUCAUCAAUGGUCUCGAAAUGGAAGUCUUGGAGGAUGAUGAAAAGUCGGAGGAAGAAGUGAUUGUGUAUGCUCCAGCUAAAGAAAUGAGGAUCCUUUCAUUAAAUCGUUUUUGGGAAACACUCUCCAAGAACAACAAAACUUUAUGGGAAGAUCAACAACAACAAUGUUAUUGUCAUGUUCGACAGUGGCGCUUCCCAUAAUUUCAUCUCACCUGAUACGGUGCAGAGGCUCAAAUUGAGAGUUUAUGCUGAUACGAGCCUCGACAUUCUGCUAGGCAACGGCACGACAGUUAAUGGCACGGGCGUGUGCAAAGCUGUUACAUUCCGCUUAGCAGAUACCGAAUUCAUUUCGGAUUUUAUAGCUUUGGAAUUGGGAAUGGUUGACGUUAUUCUAGGAAUUCAGUGGUUAGAGACGUUGGGAAAAUGCGAAGUAGAUUGGAAGAAGCAAGAACUGUCAUUCGUGUAUCAAUGACACAGAGUGAGAUUGUUCGGAGAUCCACACUUGCAUUGUUCUUCAAUCUCAUUAAAGUCACUGUCUCCUAUCUUUAAUGCUGAGACGGGAGGAAGAGAAGCGCUUCUGCUCUCAGCAAGCGAGGUAACCACAUCCAUUCCAGAAAUUCCGAGAAAGCUGCAGUCCUUGCUGGAUGAGUUUGAUCAUGUUUUUGCAAUGCCCACGGGUUUACCACCUUUCCGAGGCUAUGAUCACGCAAUAAACUUGAAUCCAGGGGUGACUACAAUAUAUGUACGCCCGUAUAGAUAUCCUCACGCAACCAAAGUAGUAAUGGAGAAAUGGCUGACCAAGCUGUUGGGCUACGAUUUUGAUAUCUUAUACAAGCCUGGUUGCGACAACAAAGCGGCAGAUGGGUUGUCUCGAAUUGAAAAUGAGAGUUUACUACAUUGCGGAUCAGUUUGUUUAGCUUUGACGGUGCCUUCAGUCAUUCAAAACCAAGAUAUUUACAACGAAAUUGCGGAAGAUGCAGAAUUACAGAGAUUGAUUUCGUUGGUGAGGAGAGACGAGUCAGUUAACGCUCAUUAUCGAGUGAUUGAUAACAAAUUGUGGUACAAACGAAGGUUGGUCAUACCAAAACAGUCGACGUUGAUACCACUGAUCCUAUUUGAAUGUCAUGAGUCAUGAUGGAAAGGUAGGUGGUCACUCAGGAGUACUAAAGACAGUCAAGAGGGUUCAGACAAUGUUCCAUUGGGAAGGGUUAUAUAAGACGGUUCAGAAUUAUGUCUCAGAAUGUGGUGUGUGCCAAACUCACAAGUAUUCUACACUGUCGCCAGCAGGGUUACUACAACCUUUACCAAUUCCGGAACGUGUGUGGGAAGAUAUCUCGAUGGAUUUCGUGGAGGGUUUGCCUACUUCUCACGGCAUUAACGUGAUCAUGGUCGUGGUGGAUCGUCUGAGUAAAUAUGGCCACUUUAUCGGCUUGAAACACCCUUUUACAGCAGUGGAUGUGGCGAGUAAAUUCAUGACAGAGGUUGUUCGUCUUCACGGUUUUCCAAAGUCUAUCAUUUCGGAUCGUGACAGGAUUUUUUUGAGCAAUUUUUGGAAGGAUUUGUUUCGCCUUUCGGGUACUAAACUGAAGUAUAGUACUGCUUUUCAUCCUCAAACAGACGGCCAGACGGAGGUAUUGAAUCGAUGUAUGGAGACAUAUCUACGUUGUUUUGCAUCAGGACACCCUAAGACGUGGUAUAAAUUCCUCUCAUGGUCGGAGUUAUGGUACAACACAUCAUUUCACACUGCGUUAAAGGCAACCCCGUUUCAGAUCGUCUAUGGCCGUGAACCUCCACAGCUAUUACGUUUUGAAGAUGGUUCAACACAAAACUUUGAGUUAGAAUCUGCACUAAAGAGAGAUGCGAUGUUGGUCCAGAUUCGUCUUCACUUGGUUUGUGCUCAAUCGUUGAUGAAGUCUCAUGCCGAUAAACAUAGGAGGGAUGUUCAGUUUGCGGUGGGCGACAUUGUGUAUCUUAAGUUGAAGCCAUUUCGUCAGAACACGGUGGUUAAACGUUAUUGUCAAAAACUAGCUACGAAAUUCUUUGGCCCUUAUGAGAUUACAGAAAGAGUGGGCAAGGUAGCUUAUUGCUUAUGGUUACCCGCGGAAUCCAAAAUACAUCAUGUCUUUCACAUUUCACUAUUGAAGGCGGCUUUGGGCCAAGAUCAAGUCCUUCAGGUUAUUCCACCAACAUGUACAGACUUGGAGAACAUUAUCAUGGAACCUGCUGAAGGGUCGCUUCUCGCGUUCGGGAAGAUGGUAAUGUGGAGCUAUUGGUUCGUUUGAAGAACUCGUUGGAACAGGACAACUCGUGGAUGCGUUUGAGGGAAUUUGAAGAUCAUUUUCCAGAUUACAAGCUUGAGGGCAAGCUUGCUCUCAAUGGGGGGGGGGAGGGGGGGGGGGUAUUGAUAGAUACAAGCAUAUCUACGAGGAGAGGAGAUUUAAGAAGGUUGAAGAAAAGAUAGGAGUUGCGGAGCUGAUCAAGGAAGCUUGAAGUUUAUAAAUGAAUGAAUAAAGACACGUGCAUGUUAAGUAGAGAAAAUAUAAAUACUAGCUUGGAGUUUGUUAAACGGUUAUCUUGAGAUUACAAUUGUGAAUCUUAGCAUAUGAGCUGAGAGCUGCUCAUGUGAUAGAGUAGUUGAGGAUUCAGGUGAUAGAAUCCUCAUUGUUGUAAUUCUUGGGCUAAUUCAUCAAUAUACGAGUAUUUCCAGUAGAUACGAUCUUUGAUCUUAUCAUGACAUCACUAUGGUAGUCAUCUUCCUUGAUACCAAUGUAGUGAGCUCUGCCAAAGGACCCUCUCUUUCUAUCCGAGGAGGCGGUAUGAUUAAUUUCCCCAAGAAACUCUAAAAGUUACUUCCUCCCUCUUUUUAGAUUUAGCUACGUACGUAUAAGAAAAAACGUCGGUCUUUGUAGGUAAGAGAAUAUAUAAUUGUAACGUGAAAGCCACAUAGUACUACUGACGUUUGGAACUCAAUUCCAGUGUAGUUCCUGUUAAUUGCUGCAGAGACCAUGGUAUCCAUUAUCUUCCACGACUUUUCUACUCAUGCUAUGUGGGUUUCCAUCCAUCGAAUAAAGACUCAUUGAUUGCUUCAGCAACGAGGAGGUUCAUCUACCUGAUUAUGUUUUGGUGAUUGAUUUUGUAAUAUAGGAAACAAAUGGAUGGGAAGGUGCUGCCGCAGUCAUAAGGUUAAUGCAUCAGUGCUUUUACCUCUUCUGGAAGAGCUACAAAUUAUAUCUGUCUUUAUAUGUCUCAGGAUGAUGGCUACAAAUUAUAUCGGUGCAUUCUCUUUGAGAAAACUUCUUUUACAGCUUCUGAGAAACAGUCAUGUGCCUUCUUCACGAGUUGUGUAUGUUACAUCUUUUACACAUCGUUCUGGUGAUCAUCUUCUCACAACCAAUGGAAUGUUUUUUAUCCUACUAUGAGAGUAAGAUAGCUGAUGUCUUUUAAUGAAUAUCUUUGUCUGUAGUUUUUUCUGCGAGGUUUGACAAGGAUUCUGUUACGGGAGUGUACUCUUCGGUGAUGCUUAUACGGUUGCUUCCUUUUGUGAGAUAGUAUGCCUUGUACUCUUCUCAUACGAGCUUCAUAGACAGCUUCACCUCCUCACGGAUGAUUCACAUCACGUCUCUAUUGCGUAGCGUAGGCACUCUUAUCAUUCUUCAUUCGGCCGAAGUCGGAACCAUAUAUAUCUCUGUAAAAUCGGUGGGCCUGCCAUAUAAUAUUAAUUAGGCCCUUUAAUAUGAAACUAUAAACGCAUUACAAAAUCUAUAUUAUAAUAGAUCAGUUUUUGCUCA